AUGACGCAGGCCAGUCACCAACCGUUGUUCUAUGGACUCUCCGAUGGGAAUAGGAUCCCAUCUCUUGGACUCGGUACGUGGAAAGCAGAACCUGGCCAGAUUGGGGAAGUCGUGCAGAAAGCGAUCGAGCUUGGUUAUCGUCAUAUUGACUGCGCCGCGGUUUACAUGAACGAGAAGGAGAUCGGCGGAGCCUUUCGUCGUGUAUUCUCCAGUGGAUACGUCAAAAGGGAGGAGCUAUUCGUAACAUCGAAACUGUGGAACACGUGUCACCGUCCAGAACACGUCGUUGAGGCCUGUAAACAGACGUUGGCAGACUUGCAGCUGGAAUAUCUCGACCUGUACUUGAUUCACUGGCCAUUUGCAUGGGAGUUCUGCGGCUCACCGCUGAAUGAGAAUACAUGGAAAGGUGUCGACGGUGCUGGGAAUAUUCGUUUUGACCACGGUGUGACCUUGCAGCAGACCUGGGCUGCGAUGGAAUCACUUGUGGAGCAGGGGCUCGUUCGGAGUAUCGGCGUCAGCAACUAUGGCCUGGCGGAGCUGCAUGAUCUGCUGUCCUAUGCGCGCAUCAAGCCCGUGGUGAAUCAGAUUGAAGCACAUCCAUACAACUCCCGAGCCGAGCACGUCCAGGAGGCGAAAAGGAUGGGGCUUCUCGUCGAAGCGUACGCACCGCUCGGAUCCGGAACGCUCGGGAUGUUGCGGGAUCCAGCAAUCCAGAACCUGGCGAAGAAGUAUCAGGCAACGCCAGCUCAGAUAUGCUUGGCAUGGAACAUACAGCGUGGGUGUGUUGUCCUGCCCAAGUCUGUCUCUCCGGAUCGCUUGCGGGAGAAUCUGGAUGCCGUUCGCAUUCUACUCGACGCUGCCGACAUGGACACGUUGAACGGAAUGGAUCGGGCCCUGUUGGCCUGCGAUAUGCGCGUCUACUGGCCGUAUCCGGUUCCAGAAGAGGCUGUUCGCCCGGAGCGCUUCCAAAACACAUCUUCGAAUGGACACUCGUGA